AUGAGCGGCGACCGUACAGACACUGCCGCCGCACCUGUAGGGGGUAAAACAGACCGACGACUGAUCAAUCCUUUCACAAAAUGGUCUCACGAUGAAGUGCUACAACAUGCAGAGGCUUUCAUACUGAGAUCGGGCCUGAACGACUACAGAGAUCACCUUCGCAAGGGUGCAUCCCUCGCACAGUCGAGAAUACUACUUGACAACGGAGAAUCUGGAUACGGUGGCAUGACCUUGAGCGACAAGGAGCGCGAAGCGCUUCGUAAGGAGUACAGCGACAACCGGUGGGACCGCUUCAACCAGCCAAAAAAAUUGUACUUCCUUGUGGCCUGUUGUUCACUCGGUGCUGCGGUGCAAGGAUGGGACCAAAGUGCCAUCAACGGAGCGCAGCUCUUCUAUCCAGAUCACUUUGGCAUCGGAAACAACACUACCUUGAUAGGACUUGUGAACGGCGCCCCAUACCUUUGUUGCGCACUGGCUUGCUGCCUCAAUUACCCGUUGAACAAAUACCUCGACCGCCGCGGUGUUAUUUUCGCAACCUGCCUCAUAAGUUCCGUAACUUGUCUUCUACAAGCAUUUUCACAAAAGUGGUGGCAUCUGUUCCUCGCAAGGUUCGCAUUGGGGUUCGGAAUCGGACCGAAGAGUGCUACUAUACCAAUCUACGCGGCUGAAGCUGCUCCAGAAAAUAUUCGAGGCGCACUGGUGAUGAUGUGGCAGAUGUGGACUGCAUUUGGUAUCAUGUGUGGCUGCUUAUCCGGUGUCGCAUUCACAAAAGUUGGUGGUACCCUUGGGUGGCGACUAAUGCUCGGCAGCCCAAUGGUACUUCCACUCCUCGUCGUUAUAUAUAUCUACGCCCUGCCGGAGUCUCCACGAGUUUUACUUGCUAAAGCACGGAAAGAUGGAUCAAAAGCACAUGAGCUUUACGAAGAGGCCUUUCUCGCCCUGAACGGUCUUCGCAAUUCCAAAGUCCAAGCAGCGCGCGACCUUUUCCUGAUGGACUAUCUCUUGGGAGAGGAAGCCAAGAUAAUGCAUGAUCAAAGGCGGUUUGUUGAGCUAUUUACCGUCGGUCGGUGUCGUCGCGCAUUGACAGCAUCUGUCAUCUGUAUGUUCCUGCAACAGAUGUGCGGUGUCAACAUCACAGUCUACUACUCAUCGCAGACCAUGAAGGUGGAAGCAGGCUGGUCUCCUGAGAGUUCACUUUUGCUAUCUGCCGGCUUUGGUAUUAUCAACUUUCUCUUCGCGUUCCCAGCGGUGUGGACGAUCGACACCUUUGGACGCCGAAACCUUCUCCUCUUCACCUUUCCGUUCAUGGCUUUGUUCCAGUUCAUCAUGGUUGUAGCCGUGGCUCUACCGGAUGUUGCCCAAAAACGCGCGCUUGCGAUUGUAGGAAUGUACCUGUUUGGUAUUGCCUAUUCACCAGGUGAAGGGCCUGUACCGUUCGUCUAUAGUGCCGAGUCCAUGCCUUUGUACAAUCGCGACUACGGCAUGGGUAUAGUCACUGCCAUCAAUUGGCUCUUCAACUUCAUCGUGUCUUUUACUUGGCCAAGCAUGAAAGAUAGUAAACAUGGACUGGGGCCAUCGGGAGCCUUCGCCUGGUAUGGAGUGUGGUGUCUUAUAGGAUGGUGGCUGAUUCUCUUAUUUGUGCCAGAAACGAAAGAUUUAACACUGGAAGAACUAGACCAAGUCUUCGAGAGGCCAACACGCCACUAUAUAGAGCAUGGGUUAGACCAGCUCCGAUGGUUCAUUGGGUACCACGUCUUGAGAAAGAGAGGCAUGAAGAAUGGAAGACCGAUAUUCAUCCAGAAAGUCGAAACAAAGAGGCGACGUGACCCAAGGGGUGACCGCCCGCAGAUGGCACAGCGACUAAAUUAA